UUCAAGGUUACUACUCAAAGCGCAGAGAAACGUUCGUGUUUUAAUCAUUUAGUAUUGUGCACUGUGUGUGAGUGAACACUCGUGUUGGUGGUGCUGUGUUGGUGUUGCUGACAUCUAAUGAUAAAUGAUUUAAGGUCAAUUAAAUAGAUUUUAUUUGAAAAUGAAAAUCUACGUACAACUUACCAUCCUGCUAUGCUACGCAUCAUUGGCAUAUCCAAGACCACAAGAAGACAGUGAUGUAAAAACCAGCACUGUUGUCGACGAUCCACCAUCAUCUACUUCGACUACCACAGCUCCGGCUCCGGCCGAAGAUGAUGGAGUGGCGAAGGCUGUCAAUGCUUUCGGCUUCAAGAUGAUUAAAGCCAUGAUGAACCAGAGCACAGACCAGAACAUCGUGGUAUCUCCUACAGGCGUCGUUGGUCUACUUGCUAUGACGCUUCUGGGAAGCGCGGGAACUACCUACGACGAAAUUGCAGAACUAAUCGGAUUUAGCCAAGAUAUUCUCGUGAACCGAAAAUACCACGAGGAUUUGGGGUCGCGAUUGCGGUCUCUAAGUGCAAACGACACAAAGACAUUAUACGCAAAUGCUGUGUUCGUCAGCGAGCAGUCCCGGCUCCGGGACAUAUUCCGCUCCUACCUACAGCGGGUGUACCACGGGGAAGCUCUCCGUGCUGACUUUCAAGAUGGCGACAAAGUUAAACAAAUGAUUAAUGAAUGGGUGAGUAACCACACCAACAACAAAAUAGAAAACUUUCAGCAGCAGCCACUGCCAGCUUCGACAAAAGCAGUGCUUCUCAGCGCCCUCUACUUCAGCGGACAAUGGGCGGAACCUUUCGUACCCGAGUAUACGAGAAAGUUACCCUUCCAAACGCCAACCAAAGAAGUGCUGGUAGAUUUGAUGGCUAAUUUCGGAGAUUUUGACUACGUUUUUUCAUUUGAAGAUGGCCUACAGAUGAUUGCUUUGCCGUACAACGAUACAGUGACAACGAUGUACGUAAUAAAACCAAGAUUACCAAAGCGUGUUAACUUAACUGAUUUACUAGAUCGUUUAGAUUACGAAAAGAUUGAUAAAUUGAUAGAUCACAUGAAGAGGAAGAAGUGUGUCAUUCGUUUCCCUAAAAUGAAGCUUGAAAGUAAGGUAGACUUGAAGGAUACUUUGAGUGGGUUGGGUGCCAGAUCGAUGUUCACACCUGGAGUUGCGAAUUUCGCUGUCAUGCUGGAGAGCGAUCAAGUUGCUAAUACCAAUGAAGAGGAGCUGAUAAGCCGAAUAAACACAGGCGAGGGCGAGGCGCGCACACUAAAGGACAUGGUCAACGGGUUUGUCAACCCGUCCGUGCACGUCGACUCAGUGAUGCAUGAAGUCAAAAUGACUAUAGACGAAUACGGCACCGAAGCAGUGGCUGCGACCAGCGCGGUGAUGGCGCGUACGGCGGAGACGUUCUACGCAGACUCGCCAUUCUAUCUAUUCAUCAGGAACGAGAAGACCAAACUGGUUACGUUUAGCGCUAUAGUGUUCGACCCAACUAUUGAGUAAAAGUCUCUGAUACAUGUUCCGUAUAUUAAAUUAACACUAAUUUAGCAAUAAUCUAAAAGAAGAGGAACCAAAUAUUAUCACAUGUAAAUAAUAAUAUCAAUUUUAAUAUAAUUACACCGAGAGUUCAUUGGCCCUCUGUAAGUAGACAGGUUAGUCAGGUUGUACUGUCAAAAGUGCACCCACCUCAUGUCUUUUCAGUAGUAUGCUGCGCCCUAACGGGAUUUCGACAAUCAAGAAUGUUCCUGUCAUAUUUUAUGCAACGCGUUACCUUAUGACCUACUCUUUAUAAUUAUUUCCGUAAUUUAAAUUUUAUUUAUCCCUUCUUUGCAACAGCGACAUUACUGGCAUGAGCGACAGUGACAGAAAAUACAAAAACGACGUACCCAUAAGUGAUAGAGGGUAGACCCACAAAUUACAAAGUGCGAAUAUCACGAUUUAUCGCGCUCGGAGUCGAACACAAAUCUUAUUUUGUAACAUACAUAACUACGUUUUAUGCAUGACAUAAUCAGAACAAAAUUGUUUUGAUAUAAGAAAGAAACAGGUUUUAACAACCAAUUUUACGUGACGAAUUAAACCAAUUACCUACAAUCACGAUUCAAUUUCGAUCGAAUUUGUACCUGUAUAAUUUAUCCCAUCCCAAUUUAAGAAACACAGAGGCCAUUGACACAUUAAUUACAAUCUUCUUUAGCGAUUUUUU